AUGGCUCGUGCCGCGCUCCUCGUGGGCCUCCUCUCCGUGCCCCUCGGCUACAUCGCCACGACCUACGGCCCGGGCAUUGCCCGCGGCGUCACCGUGCUUGGCAUCACCAGGACACCCGUGGCGGGCGUCUACGAGUCGGUCGUCACGCUCGAGGAGACGGGCGUCUGCGAGGAUCUUGCGUACCACGCCGACAGCGGCCUCAUCUUCACGGCCUGCGAGCAGUCGCUCGAGUCCCGGCUGUCCUGGUUCCCGCCUCUCGUCCACUUCGACACGGCUGGCGUCGACAAGUCCGAGGGCGCGCUGUUUGUGAUUGACCCAAAGACACGGACAGCAGAAAGAGUCAACAUAGUCCACUACAAAGGCCCGUUCAUCACCCACGGCAUCGACGUCGUCACCGACACGGAAUGGGACAAGGACGACGGCUCGAGCGCCGUCUACAUCAUCGCCAUCAACCACCUGCCCAACCCGCACUACCUCUCGGCGCUGGCCAAGGGCGCCAGCACCGCGGGCAUCCCCAAGGCGCGCUCCCAGAUCGAGGUGCUGCACUACAUCAUCGGCUCCUCGAUCGCCCGGCACAUGCGCUCGGUUUGGGACCCGGCGGUCGUGACGCCCAACGACGUCGUCGCGGUCGGCGGCAGCCCGAACGAGCUGCUCGUCACCAACGACCACUUCCACCGCGAGGGCCGCCUGCGCAGCGUCGAGGAGCUGUGGUUCGGCGCCGCCUGGACGAGCACCGUGUACCUCCGCACCGUGCCCGGCAAGGAGGUCGGCGGCGUCACGGCGAGUGUCGCGACGGAGAAGCUGCACAACAACAACGGCAUCGGGCACGGCCGGCCGGGGACUAGCGAGAUUGCCAUUACCAGCUGCGCGAGCGGCCGGCUCCGGCUGGGCAACGUGGUCAAGGCAUCAUCAUCAUCAUCAUCAUCAUCAUCGUCAGCCAAGGUGGUCAACUUCACCGAAGUCGUCGAGUUCGACUCGGUCAUCGACAACCCGAGCUACUUCUCGGACCCGUACGGCGACCUCUCCGGAUGGAUCCUCCCCGGCCUCUCGCGCGCGGUAGACCUGAAGAAGACCUUUGGCGACCCGGCCGGCGUCGACCCGUCCAUCGUAUGGUAUGCGCGCAAGGACACGCGGACCGGCGAGUGGGUCAAGAAGGUCCUCUUUGAGGACGACGGGUCGCGCAUCCGGAGCGCCAGCGGUGCCGUGCUGGUCGCCAUUGAUCCCAAAGAGGAAGGCGGUAAGAGGAAGGGCUGGCUGUAUGUCACUGGCUUCGUGUCGAGCCAUGUCAUUGUUGUCAAGGUGGAUCUGUAA